UUCAAAAUGGCGGCAGAUUUUAAGGCCGCACAGCCUUUGGAAUAUUACAGAAGGUUUUUGGAGGAAGAUAUUCGACCUGAUGGCAGAAAUUUGCUUCAGUUUCGAAAUACUGUCAUCAAUAUUGGAUCAAUUGCAACUGCGGAAGGAUCGUCUAUUGUAAAGUUGGGGAAUACAACCAUAGUUUGUGGAAUUAAGGCAGAAUUGGCUAAUCCAAAUCCCGAACACCCAAAGAAAGGUUUCAUAGUUCCUAAUAUUGAUCUACCUCCAUUGUGUUGUCCUCGUUUUCGUCCUGGACCUCCGAGUGAACAAGCCCAAGUUUUAAGUCAGUUUAUUGCCGAUACUGUAUUAAAUUCAGAGAUGAUCGACCUGGAAGAAUUAUGUAUUCUGGAGGGUCAGCUUGUUUGGUGUUUGUACGUUGAUCUUGUGUGUCUAAAUUACGACGGAAAUAUAGCCGAUGCCAGUAUGAUUGCGUUUCUUGGUGGUAUUUCAAACACGAGAUUAUAUGAGAUUACAAUCAACGAAGAAACAAAUACCCCAGAACCAAGUGAAACAAACGAGAUACCAUUGAAUGUGAAACAACAACCAAUAGCUUCAACGUUUGCUAUCAUUGACAAUUCAGUUAUUUCUGAUCCUACGGAUGAUGAAGAAAGUUUAGCAACUGGAGUGAUGACUAUUGUUGUUACAUCUGAAGGAAACGUUUGUUCUGUUCAUAAACCAGGCGGCACUCCGUUACCAUCUGAUGUUCUUGUAAAAAAAUGUACGAACGAAGCGAAAAAAAGGGCAAAAAGUGUUCAGAAGCUUGUUAACACAGCUUUGCAGGAAAUAUCAUGAUGUCUGAUACGCACAGUCGUGGAUUUACAGAAAUCAUUUGGUUUUUUUAUUGGCGUUACUUGAUAACCUCUGAAAAUCAAGUCACCAACGUCUUCUGGUUCUGGUUGCUGUUCGUGUUGUAGGGCUGUAAUUUUUUGGAUUUAUUUAUUGAGGUGAGUAAAUUACACAUAGUUUUCACGUGUUUCUGUCGAACGAACUUCUCUGGAAGACUGGAACUACAUGCCAAUAUUUAAUGAAGCUAAGGAUCAAGCACAAAACAUGAACCACUGCCUCCCAAAAAAAAACAACAGAAUCCUCCGCGGUGCCAAGCUGAAACAUUUUGACACGCAAACCGCGGCUUGAGGUUAUAACGCCAAACUUUUACCAAAAUUGAUGUGUCUGGAUCUACUGAGUUUGUUUAUUGAACGUGAACACUCAUAACGCAACUUACAGUAACAAGGAAAUAUGUCUCAAUUCUCAUUUCUUGAGAGAAAAUUGGUGAAAAUAUCUAAUUCAUUGGAUAUCGUCUGGUAGCUAAUUCUUCUACCUACAAACACGUUUUAUUGUUUCCAACGAGUAUAGAACAAUAUAGAAAUAUAACAACAAUAUAUACAAGCAUAAAGUUUGUUUAG